CCCAACCUGCCCGUGCCACCACAACUGGUAAAUGGACAUGACAACCACAGCAAAAAAAAACGAAUGCGGAGCUUUUUCUGGAAAACCAUCCCCGAAGAGCAAGUCCGUGGUAAAACCAAUAUCUGGACAAUUGCUGCAAGACCGCAGUAUCAGAUCGAUACAAAGACGAUUGAGGAACUCUUUGGGCAGCAGGAAGAAACCAAGCCCCAAGACCCCAGAAGUCGAUCUUUAAAGUCUUCAUUUAAAGAGACUAAAGAAGAGAUUUCCAUUCUGGAUGCGAAAAGAAGUAUGAAUAUUGGGAUAUUUCUCAAACAAUUCAAAAAGUCUGCUGAAUCCAUCAUUGAAGAUAUUUAUCAUGGAAGAAGUGAGCCCUAUGGUUCUGAAUUGCUGCAUGAAUUUCUUAAAUUAUUACCAGAAGCAGAGGAGGUAAAGAAAUUUAAAGCCUUUGAUGGAGAUGUAUCAAAACUGUCUCAAACCGAUUCCUUCAUGUAUUUACUCAUCCAGGUGCCAAACUAUACUCUUAGGAUUGAAGCCAUGGUUCUAGAGAGGGAGUUCUCACCCUCCUGUGCUUCACUACAAGAUGACAUGAAAAUUAUAAGACGGGCAACAAAAGAGUUAAUGACUUGUGAGGAACUGCAUUCCAUAUUGCACUUGGUCCUUCAGGCUGGGAAUAUUAUGAAUGCGGGAGGUUAUGCUGGCAAUGCUGUUGGAUUUAAACUGUCAUCACUGCUUAAGCUGGCGGACACAAAAGCAAACAAACCUGGAAUGAGUCUGCUGCAUUUUGUUGCUCUGGAAGCCCAAAAGAAAGAUGCUGCUCUUCUCAACUUUUCAGAAAAAAUUAAGGAUGUUCAUGAUGCUGCCAGGUUAUCCAUUGAUAAUAUAGAAGCCGAACUCCACUCACUGUCUUUCAAGGCAAGAUCUGUUAAAGACAGUAUUCGUCGAGACGCCAAACUCUUUCACCAGUUGGAAAACUUUCUUCAGUUUGCUAUAAGACAUCUAAACGAGCUUGAACACCAGAAACGAGAAUUACAGAAGGAGGGGAAUGCUCUCAUUGACUUUUUCUGUGAAGACAAAGAAACUAUGAAGUUGGACGAAUGUUUCCAGAUAUUUAGGGACUUCUGUAUAAGGUUCGACAAGGCUGUCAAGGAAAAUAGGGAACGAGAGAUCCAGGAACUUCAUCAUCUGCAGAGGCGAAAGGAGCUGGAGGAGAAGCGUCGGUCCUGGGCAGCUGGAGAGCUUGGGAGCUUUGGGCGAAGCAGCAGUGAAAAUGAUGUAGAGAUGUUGGCCAAAAAAGGACUUGAAGAAUUUCUUCCCUUCUUGCAGCAGAGACCUCAAAGUCCUUCCUACAGAAACCCCAAUUCCAGACGAUCUCGACUUUCUCUAGGCAUUACUGCAGACAGGGAACUGCAGAGUUUCCUGGAGAUCUCAAAGGAUGAGGAUCCAAACAAGUUUAACAGCCUUCCCCGUGCAAACACCCGACAAGCAAGACCCAAUGUAGCUUGGACUGAAUCCAAAGAUAGUAGAGAUCUCAAUUUAAAUACCUUGCACUUACACCAACAGUCUGAAACCAAACUGAAAAGUGGUGACCUACUGCAGUUGCCUCCAGCUCAGUCCAGUCACUUUGGUGGCUCGACUGGUCCUGGUGCCCGUUAUUCACAGAGGAGCACUGACUACAGCGUGCGGGCUUCCAGUGUGUCUUGCGAGGAGUCCCCAGAUAUAAAUGCUCUGGCCCUUGCAAUUGAGGAGCAUGAACUCGUUAAAGGAUUACGUAAGUUCAAUAUUCAAGGCACAAAGCCUGCAGAAGACACACCUUUAAUUUAUUUAGAGGAUGCUGGUGGAACAGACUUGGAGACCCUAGAUGAUCUAAGCUUGCAUUCCCUCAGCACAGCUGAUGACGACCUGCCUCCAGCUUGCAGAAGUUCCAAAGAGGCUCGUGACCAUAAAGCCAAGGCAGUGAGUUACAAGAGUGAAACUUCAGAGCCUGGCAGCAGCAGUCUUGUGUCUAUGGAUACAAGUGUUUCUGGAAGUAGAGAAGAUGGGCCGAUGUUCUAUGUGUCAGAUACUACCACUGACUGUUCUUUGACAUUGGACUCUUCAGAAGGAAAUGAUUUUAAAUCAGCAGGCAAGGAAAUAAAGAACAAGUCUGGCAAAGCACACUCUUCUAUGAAUGAUGAUCAGUACGGGGCUAGAACACUCUUCUCAAACCUGAAUUCUGCUUCUGUGAAGGAUCUGUCACUUCACGCUUCUGCAAAUGAUAAGGAUGAUGCCAAUAGCAAGCACGCCCUCUCUAAAGAAAAGCCCUUAAAAAGCAAAGAUGCAGUAGGACCAAAGAGAAACUCUCUAAAAGAUAGAUCUCCAAGUUCCUCAAAAUCCAGUGGCGCUCGCCCUAGCCACGCAGCUCCUUCUAGACCCAUAAGAACAUUGAAUGCCUCUGAGAAUGAAAGUAUGAGGAAAGUGGUACCUAUUUCCCGGUCAAACAAAGCACCAAGCAGUGUGAAAAAGCCGGAAGCCAAGCCGGCACUUCGUGAAACUAGUUCUGUGGAAACUCGACUCUCGCGGCGCAGCUCUGUCCGAGGCACGACAGACACACUGCCGAGAAGUCCUUACAGGCAUAGCAUGUCAGUAGAAGAGCCAAAGUUGCAAAGGGGAACUUUCACCUCAAGCAGUGCCCAUUUUGAGAGGGACAGAGUGUCUCUCAGGAAGCCAAGCUCUAAACCUGUCAGGAGUACCGUCAAAUCAAAGACAGAUGAAACAAAGAUAUGUCGCUCCACUGUAAAACCCCAGACCCCUACAGAUGACACCAAGGUUGCCACAGUCAUUGCUCCCAAGGCCCCAUCCUCUGUCCCAAACUUCGCAAGGAACACAGUGGCUUCUUCUUCAAAGCGUGCAAAAGUGGAUCUAUCCAGCUCGUCCAAACCUCCACCCAUCACAAGGUCUGUGUCCCAGAGGCUGCCGAAAACAAAGGCAGCAGUGACUUUGGAUGAUUCGAAUCCAAAGGAAAACAGUGGGAGUACUCUAAAGAGAGCAAGUAGUGCCAGGGUUGUUGGAAGAGGCAUCCUUCAAGGAGAUGCUGUCAGCACUAAAGUGGAGCCUGCGUCAAAGGAACAGGGUACAGUGGAGAAGUCUUCUCUUAAACUCAAAGAUGCAAACCGGACCACAAUAGGUAAAAUACUGAAGCCAUUACUGAAAUAAGAGUUUGGAAGAGGGUUUUUUUGUUUGUUUUUUUGUCUUGGAAUGUGAACACUUGUUUAAGCACUGGAUGCCUGUGUCAUGAAAUACCGUAAAACAGUAAUAUUGCUGAUACACAUCAUCAUGUACUCAUCAAAGAACCGCACACCAUUGGAAAAGGGCAACCAAUAGUGUUCUGGUCUAAAUCCUUUUGUAUAAAUUUGAAUGUAUUUGAAGCUACUGUGAUGGAAUACAAAUGUAGCAACACAUCUUUGCGCAUUUGUGAUGUAGUAGGUCACCAAAAGCCAAAAACUUAUAAGGAAGCUAAACUACAAGAUGAAAUGCUUUGUGGCAGAAAACGUGGGUUAAGGCCAGUUUUUGUGCAUAUACAAUUCUUCCUUUUCUAAGACUCAAGCGUUUGUACUGGUUGGUCCCUUACUUGAUGUCAAAGUGAAUCCUGUGGAACAGUAUCAAAAAUGAACUUAGGUGAUUGUGCUUUUUGUUGCUCUUAAUUCCUCGGAUUCAGGACCUCUUUUUGCCUGUUGCAAAGUCCAUUGCUGGCAAUUGGACAGACUGGGAACUGCUGGCCAAAAAAUAGCGAAAUGGGACAUUUGCUGUUUGUGGCUGUCUUUAAUCUUACUGAAGAAUUUAUAGCAUGUUUUAUGAAUGUAUGUGUGUCUGGAUAAAAUUUUCUGCUGGGCAGGAAGUUUAUUUUCCAGGAAUGUGGCAGCAUUGUCUUGCAUGCACAAAUAGUUAUGAGUGGUGCUGCAUCGAGUAGCACGGCUGGAGGCUCUGCCUGUUGGAAGGGCUGCGGUUGCCAUUGGGAUGAUGACUACUCCUAAUCUGACUGUUUCAGUCGCAAGCAAACUUAUCAGCUUUUCAUCAUACAGAAGUGCCAUAUAUUUAUGAUACAUAUCAAGGAUGUGUGCAGUUCAACUCUUGAAGGCUGCAAUGUAGUGCAGAGCACUUUUAUUACCAUUCCAUGUUUCCACUGGUUUAUCUACUACCAGUUUACUUGAAUGUUGCAAUGGCUCUGAGCAAGCCAUCGGUUUCCCUGCCUCCUCCUCCUCUCCUUGUCAACACAAAUAUUUAGCAUGAAACACAUAGUUUACGCAUGGCAAUGUUUUUGUGGACUUCCUUGGUUGCUUCAAAUGUGGUUUUUAAUGUUUAAAGAUUCUGAAGGAUGAAUUAAACUAGUAUUUGAUAAGCAUUUUACAAAAUAAAAACACCUUUUUCCUGCAGAUACAAAUUUUAACAUCCUGUCAGACUAAGGUACAGGGAAUGAGGGAAAACUUGUUCAGCAUGCUAUGCACCUUCUCAAGAGAAAUGUAUGUAGGCGGGGGGAACUGAUCACUGUUCUCCUAAACAUCUGAAUUAAAGAGUUGCCUUUUUAUUCACUUAUGAGUGAAGCCUCAUUUAAGAAUAAAAUAAAAAAUGAAAGGAAAAUCUAUUUGGACAAGUGGUAUUGACUUACUAGUAACAGAUCUGCUUGUCUGCUCUAUCCCUCAGUGCUAGGAGUGUGUAAUUCAAUGAGAAUGAGCCACUUAAUUGCUCACAUGCUUCUCAUGGGCUAGUAUAAGGGACAGCCAGCUUUGUGUCUCGAAUUUGGCAAUGAGCCCUUAGCUCUUCCUAUGUACCAGCAAAUGUUGAUGCAGGCAUCAUACCCAAACACCAUAAAGUAUUACACAGGGCCUCUUAUUUGAGUCUGUCUCACAGGGAGAAUUUAUAUGGCCCACUGCGAGGCAAGGGUGAACUUUUGCUUUAAAUCUUACAAGCUUUUGGAUACUGCCUCCCUUGUGGAUUAAAUACAAAAGCAUUUCCCUUCUCCCUAUUUGUAUCUGUGUGUAUGCGCAUCUGCAAGAGCAGGUGAUUGACUUUUUUCCUUUUUUUAAAAAAAAAAAAAAGCUUUUAUUGGUAGCAAGCUUGAAAAAUAAUUUAAAUGUGUUUGGAAUAUGUAAAUAAAUUUCUAUAAAUCUGUGUAAAAGAAAACUGAAUGUAUUUAAUAGAACAUUUAUACAUUUCGGAGUAACUUGGUAGUUUAAUAAACUUCCCAUUUACUGGG